AUGAACAUCAUGCGAAAAUUGCGUGGUAGUAAUACUACCACAUCCACAAGUGGUGAAAGUGCUCGUCCUUUUGAAGUUGAUUCUAGUCAACAUACUGCUCUUGGUUUGAUGCAUUUAAAAAAACUGUUUACAGACUAUAUUCAUACAUCACACAUGCUUAAUGACAAAGAACGUAGUACAAAACUGUACACAAUGAUUCCUUUAUUUUGCAAAGUUUUUGGUAGAAGUCCUUGUGCAGAGAUUAUUGAAAAAUUUUGUGAUAUCAAUAGUUGGUGCUCUGAAAUGUCAGCUCUCAUGGUUGCAGAAAUUCGACUUCGGGCAUCUAAUCAAUCAACAGAAACUGCUAGUAAAGCUAUUGCUUGUUUUUUAGAAAUAGAAAACUGCGAGGAAUCUAGUAAUGGAUGGAUGCUUUUAUCAACAUUAAAUUUGUUAGCUGCAACUAACCAACCAUCUCUUAUAAAAAUAAUGGUAUCAGCAUCUCUUCCAUCAACAUUAGUUAAAUGUUUAUAUCUUUUUUUCGAUUUACCUCCUUUGGAGAAUGAAGAUGAAAAGACUGAUCAAAGUGAUUUUACACCAAAGGAACGUCGCAUUUUAUUACAAAAAAUAUUUGUGCAAAUAUUAGUUAGAUUGUGCAGUAAUCAUCUUCCAGCUGAAGAAUUAGUUGUCAAAGAUGAUUUAUCUUUAUUAUUUUCUGCUAUUACAAGUUCUUGUCCAUCUUAUAAUUCUGUCUGGAGAAAAUCUUCUGCUGAAGUUUUAAUAACAAUUUCUCAACACGGGCUUACACCAAAAGUUAUACAAUAUAUUCAUGGUAAAAAUUGUAUUGAAUUGUGCAUUGAAAAUAUGCGACAAAGUGCAGAUUUAAGCCCAUUAGAAGUAGUGGAUAUGUUUGUUACUGUUUCUUAUUUUUUAAAAGAUUCAUCUGAUGUAUCACAGAUAUUACUUGAUGAUUUCAAUACUACUCAAGGAUAUACAUUUCUCUCUGACUUUCUUUUGAGUCUAGAAAAUGAUGAAUCUAGUGAAGCCCUUGAAGCAAUGAGGAAUCUUGUUUUGAUAAUUGCAUCUCUUUCAAUGAGUGGUUAUAUUGAGUUAAAACCCAAUCCAGAUCAGGCAAAUUCUUUGUUUCAAGUCUUAGGAUUCACUAUUCCUCAACCCACUGGCCGUGGUCAAAGUGUACGAAACAUAUGUGCAUUCAAUGUCCUCCAAACUACAUUUAUUCGUUCCGAUUCUAGUGCAUUAUGCUGUACAAUUCUUGAUGCAAUAUCAAAUGUUUAUCACUCUGAUAAUGCUAAUUAUUUUAUACUAGAGCCACAGAAUACAUUGCCACAGUUUGCUGAAACUAUUCAUUUAAAAAAUCAACAGAUUCAAGAAAAAUUUUUCAAACUCUUAGAGUUCAUUGUUUUUCAACUUAACUUUGUGCCAGUAAAAGAACUAGUGUCAAUUUCUCAGUUAUUAAAAACUUAUAGUUCUACUGAAUGUAUUAAAAUUUGCUUGCAAACAUUACUAGAUAUAUUAAAAUAUAAUAAUACAUUCAAAGAUGUAUUUAGAGACGUUGGCAUACUUGAAGGAUUGUCAAAUAAUUUAAGGAACUAUACUCAAGACUAUCUCUCUGAUUGUGAAUCAAAAGAUGAAAAACAUGAUGGUGACUUAAAACGUGUCAUAAAUUUAACUGCUGAAUGCCUAGUUAAUCUUAUGAUGUCUUCACCAAAAAAUUGUAAAGUUUUUAAAGAAUGUGGAGGUGCUCAAGUAUUGUAUAUUAUACUUGAAUAUCCAUCAACUCGUCAGUAUGCUACAGCUAUAUUACGAGAAAUGAUAUUGAGUACUGGUGGUGAAGAUGAAAUGUCUACUCUUUUAGGCAUUCUUCAUACAACUGAUCAUACUUGUAUACCAUUAAAGUCUAGUAUUCUGAAAUUAUUUUUGAGUUGUAUGAAAGAGAGCCAUCGUACUAGAACUAUGUUUCGUAAAGUUGAUGGAUUUGUCUAUGUUGUAAGCGCAUUAGUAUCUAUGGAAGGUUGGUUUUCAGAUGAAAAACUAGUAGACCAAGAAGCUUUGAGAUUUGCCUAUACAAUUUUUAAUACAAUUACUAUUGCUAUGCGCUUUGAACCAGCAAAUGCUAAGUAUUUUCACCAAGAAAUUUGUUUGACAAGUUUAUGUGACACAUUACGAUUAUUGGGUUGUUUUUCAAAUGAAAAUCAAUUAGAUGACUAUAUUGAUAUAAUGACUACAUCAUUAGAGGAAAAUGUUUUCCACACCAUAUUCACUAACAACAUCAAUAAUCCUAUAAUUACAGAUAAUGUUCCUAAAUUUUUGUCUUAUGCUUGUGUGAUAAUGCGAAUGUUAUAUGAUGUUGCUCUUGAUUUAUAUGAUAAACAAAACAAUACAACUGUUGUAUCAUUUAAUUCACCUGCUCACAGACGAUACAGUGAAGUAGCUACAAAACCAUUAGAUUCUCAGAACAAUAACCGCCAUACACUUAAACCUUUUAAUUUAAGUCCUCCAGCUCCAGAUCCAAUUAUUGUCCAUGCUGGUGUUGUUAUGGCUAUGUUACAACUUUUACCAUCAAUUUAUAAUCCAUCAGCUCCUAAACUAUCACUAACAUUGCAAGUUUAUAUAGGCGAAGUAAUCAGAUCUUUAGUCCGCGGAGAAAAAAAUCAACAACUACUCUGUGAUUCUGGAUUUCCAACUAUUGUCUUAAAAGUAGGACGAAUAGCAUUGUUGGAAGAAACACAUCCACUACAUACAGUGUUUCAGUACAUGUUAGAACGAUUAGCUAUUCAGCUAUUAGAACCAAAAGAUUUGCGUGAAUUUUUGAGACUCGGAGAACCUCUUUGUUGUGUUCCCUUAGAUUUACUGGACUGUUGGAUAAGUCACAGUAGUAAAAAACCUGGUGGAACAGUACCAUUAAGUCGUGUAAAAACACUUGUAUCUAUGACUACACCUAGAGAUCCUUGUAUGCUUUCACUACCACCAUUUUUUGAAAUGGAUUUAUCUACUGAGGGUUUUGGAUGCUUAUUUUUACCUAGUAUUGCUCCACAAUCUCCAAUUAGUGGACCUUCAGUUGUUAAUGUUGCCACAUUAACUACACCUGAUAUGAACGUAAUUGGAGGAAUAGGAACUGGUGAUCGAAUGUUCCCUCCACAAAGUGGCCUUAGUUAUUCAACUUGGUUAUGUAUUGAAAAGUUUUCUGAACCAAGAACUGAUCCACAUCCAGUUCGACUUCUGACUUUAAUAAGAAAUGUUCAAAGUUCUAGAGACCAUUUAGUUUGUUUAGCAGUAGUAUUAUCUGCUCGAGACCGAGCACUUACUAUAUCUACUCAAGAAACGCCAAUAUCAAUGACCAAUGCUGAUUGGGAGCCAGAAGUUAUUGGAGAUUCUUGUGCUAGAAUAUGGUAUCCAGAUCUUGUACAAGAAGGCCAAUGGCAUCAUAUUGUACUAGUUUUGAAUAGAGCUGUAUUAAAAAAUUCAUCUUUUUCAUUGUAUAUGGAUGGUCAACAUGUGCAUACACAAAAAUUACAUUAUAUAUCUCAAAAUCCUGGUGGAGGAGCAGCUAAUUUGACUAUUGCAUCUUCUGUGUAUGGAUAUAUAGGAACACCUCCAAUUUGGAGAAAAUAUUCUAAAUUAACAUGGAAACAAGGACCUUGCUGUUUAUUAGAAGAGGUUUUAAAUCCUCAUGCUAUAAAAAUUUUGUAUCAACUGGGUCCUCAUUAUUUUGGAAGUUUACAGGCACCUGAUAUUAAAGAUUUAGAACAUAUUGGCCCUUUAAUAUCUGAAGAGAAAGUUAUAUUUGGGCUGAAUGCAAGGGCAGUUUCUCAAUUAACUUUAGCAAAAAUACGAAAAAUAUAUAGCAAAGUGGAUAGUAAAUCAAUUGCAAAACAGCUUGGAAUGUCAACUCAUGAAAAUGCUACACCUAUUCGUAUAAUGCACAACACUGCUGGACAUUUAGCUGGUUCAGCUAGAAGUUUGGGUGGUGUUAUAUUAGGUUAUUUAGGGGUUCGUACAUUUUAUCCUCGUCCAGUUUUAAAAUUAAUUGAUAAUAUUGGUGGCUGUUCUGUAUUAUUAGGACUAAUUGCUAUGGCAAGAGACAUGGAAAGUUUGUAUGCAGCUGUUAAAGCUUUAAGUGGAGUACUACAUUUAAAUAUGACAGCAAAACGAGAAAUGGAACGUAAACGUGGAUAUCAACUCUUAGCACUAUGCUUACGUAGGCAUAAACAUAUGCUCAAUGCUCAUAUUUUACACAUUAUACUUGAUUUAGUAAUCACAACUAGAAGUGUUGAAGCUCCAAGUAUUCCAGAUCCAGUUGCAUUCAACGAUUUGAUAUGCGAGUUAAAUCUUUGGCAAGAAGUUCCAGCUAGUCUGUUACGGUCACUGUUAGAACAGUUAUAUGAAUUAGUAUCAGACUCAAAUGAAAAGAGGAACAAUCUAAUUAUAUUGAGAAAUAUGGAAAUGGUUCGCAAAAUGGUAAAUUUCUUGCCAAUUGUUUUUAAUACUUCUACACCAUCAACAAUAGAAGUGUUAUUUUCAUUACUUGGAGCACUUUUAGCAAAACAUCCAUUAAUUGAAGAUUUAAUUUGUUUUGGUCAGUACAUAGUGUAUACAUUAAAUACGGGUCUUAAUACAGAAACUAAUCUUAAAUUAGAAGAAUUUGAAUCAAAAACAAAGACCAUGGAUAGUUGUAAUGAGUUGACAAAUGAAGAAAAAACUAUUUGUACUAUAUUAUUGCGUAACCGCUGUCUUCAACUUAUGCAUUGUCUAUUGUUUACAAAUAAAAACUUAAUUUGCACUGGGUUUUGUGAUGAUUUUGUACGAAUAUUAGGAUUUGAUUGGGUACUGCUAUUUAUGCAAUCAAAUAUACAUAAUUCUUCAGUAAUUUGGGCCUAUAAAAUUCUUACCACUUUAUGUUCUGUACCUACAUUAUUGGUUAAAUUUAGAGAAGCAUCCAGUAAUGGCGGAUGGCUACUCAAUACAGAACUUUUGCAAAAUAAUAAAGCAAAUUUGAUGCUUAAUUAUCAACUUUCUCCAAGUUUACAAAAGAAUAGUAAAGAUGUACUUAACAAAAUUGAAGCUUUAAAUAUUCCUGGGUUUCAACAUCUCUCUUGGUUUCUAUCUUUUCAUACUGAACUUCCUGAACUGUAUUAUUUUCUCAUGGCUUUGAUGUUGGGGCAACCAGCUAAAACAAUUCCUAAUGAAAAAAAAUUAAAUCUUGAUGGAAUUUGGAUUUUUGUGUUUGGUGUUCCCAUAAGUCAAUCACUUUCAGCUGUUAGUGACCGUAUUGUCUUAUGCCCUGAAGCUGUUACAGCCCUUUUAUUGUCUGUGAGAUUAAUUCUGAAUCAAGAUAAUAGAGAGACUAAAUAUGAAGAUUGGUUAGAAGAUCACCCAGUUACUAUAAUUCAGUUUCUUUUUUAUCUAUACCAUAAUCUUCCAGAUUGGAUGCCAGCAUUUAUGACAUCUGAUAUCUUACAUUCCUUAAGUGCAACACUCUUUCCAUUUACAAACUUAAAUUUGAGUGAACCGUCCACACCAAAUGAUGAUUGUUUUAUUAAAACACCAGAUGGAACUCCACCUCCAACUGUUCAAAAAGAACAAUCAUUAACUUUACAUCCGUCUAGAAAAUUUGUUGUUGAUUUCUUAAGAGUUAUUGUUGUUGAUUCAUUAUUAUUACCUAUAAAUAGCAAGUCAUUACCACCUUUAGACUUGGUUCUUGAUGCUUCACCAGAAGGUGCAACUUCAUCUCAAGUAUCAAAAUAUCAAACUGAAUUAUUGUCAACAUUAAUGGAUCACUUAUUAGCUGUUGAUAUUAUGAUUGGCGAACAAGCAGCUGUAUCAUCUGUUCCUGGUGGCAGUGCUCAAAAUAUUCCUCAAAAUGUUUGUUAUUUAACAUGCCGUGUUGUGGACAAACUUUGGCAGGGUGUUUUAAUAAAAGAUGCUCAUGAAGUGUUUGAUUUUAUUUUGAAAUUAAUUGUUCAAGCAAAACGAAGACCUUGUUCUGUACCUAUGGAAGGAUUUUAUCAUUGUCUUAAUAGAACAACUUUAUUUUUGUUGUCAAGGAGUACAGAUUCAAUAGCUUCACAGAUGCCAGUUUUGGAAGCAUUACAUAAGCUUACCACUAAUAGAACAUUGGUGUUUGGAUCUGGUAAUCAUGAAUUGGAUUUCAUUGGCUGUCUAAUUUAUUGUUUAUUGCAAUUGACUUCUGAUAUGAAAAUAAUAUUGGAUACUAAUGCAAAAACUACAUGGCAUAUAAAUCCAAACCAAACUGCUGAAGUUGAAGAACAAACAGCUAAGCAAGGACAAAAUUUAAUGGCAGUUGCAGCAAAACGUGUUUGGGAAGAAUUGUAUAUAUCUAAAAAACCAGCUAUUGAAGAGGUUUUCAAAAUUCCAUUACCAAUGUCAUCUAAUAAUAAAGCUCCAGACUUACAUUCCGUCCGUGAACUUAUUUAUGAAACUGCCCAAAAACAUUGGUUAACUUACAUUGAUAUGGAGAAAAAAUCUUUGUAUAAAAUGCCUUGGGAAUUACAAACUCAAAUUCAAUCAAAAAUACAAAAAGUAACUGGAGGCUUAACAAGACUAGCAUCUCGGGGAAAAGUCCUUAGGCGUGAUGAAAGCCGUUGGCAAAGUGGAAGUCUUUCUAGUAUUUCUUUACCUUUAUCAAGAAUUACCAAAAGUGAAUGGUCUACAUGGGCUAACCAUGGUUUAAAUGCUGUAUGUGAACUUGUUUCUAUGCAAAUGUCUAGACAAGCACAGCACCAAUCAUUUACUGUGCGAUAUGUUCUGGAUCAAUGGUAUUUAAUUGAACAGGAAUUAACAAGAGAGAGGGGACUUUGGGGUCCUUUUACUCCUUGCAAAUUAGAUAAGUGGAUAUUAGAUAUGACUGAAGGUCCAUGCAGAAUGCGCAAAAAAAUGGUAAAAAAUCAUCAGUUCUAUACUCAAUACCCAUAUCGACCAGAACUUGAGUCUGGAGACAAUAAAGGAUUAAAGUAUCGUGUUGCAACAAGUUAUGAUAGCAAAGAAUUUUGUCAGAAAUAUAAAUUACCCACACUUAUUGAUAUGGAAAAUUUAGCACCACAAUCUAAUGAAAAUACUAAAUUUAUGACAGUAAUUGAUGGCCAUGAUACUUUUGAUUUUGAUAAAAACCUAGAUGACAGUGAAUUACCAUUCAAAGGCUUAAAACGUGUUGUUAGAAGAUCUACAUCUGAACCAGAUGAUGGAAUGGAUGAUAAUGAUAUUGAAAGUGGAAUUGAAGACCAAGCUCCCCCAGAUGAUAAUCAUACAAUAAUCAGGCUUUUGGAACCAAAUGAAAAGAUAAGUCAUAUGUUUCGGUGUGCAAGAAUUCAAGGUCUGGAUACAUAUGAGGGUUUACUUUUAUUUGGUAAAGAUCAUGUAUAUAUUGUAGAUGGUUUUACAUUACUUAAGACUAGAGAAAUUAGAGACAUUGAUACUUUAUUACCAAAUUCAUAUGAACCAUUAUUACCAAGUCCUGGGAAUGGAAGUCCAAAUCGAGUACGCAUUAAAAAACUAAGUUCAAAGUUUUCGUAUGAUGAUAUAAGGGAAGUACAUAAACGGCGAUAUUUACUACAACCCAUUGCUGUAGAAUUAUUUUCUGCCGAUGGGCGUAAUCAUUUAUUGGCACUUCCAAAAAAACUUAGAAAUAAGGUUUUUAAUAGAUUUAUGGCUUAUUCAACAUCAAUAGCAGAUAAUGCUCAUCAAUCAGUAGCUGGGCAAAAAAGAACAGCAAAUGUUGAACAAAGCACAAGUCUUCUUUCAAAUCUAAUGGGUGAAACAACAGUAACUACUAGAUGGGUGAGAGGUGAAAUAUCUAAUUUCCAGUAUUUAAUGCAUUUGAAUACAUUGGCUGGACGGAGUUAUAAUGAUCUAAUGCAGUAUCCGGUAUUUCCUUGGAUUCUAAAUGAUUAUGAAUCUGAUGUACUAGACUUUUCAAAUCCUGCUAUCUUCAGAGAUUUUUCUAAACCAAUGGGUGCUCAAUGUCCAUUACGACUUGAACAGUUUUUAAAAAGGUAUCGGGAGUGGGAUGAUCCUCAUGGUGAAACUCCUCCAUAUCAUUUCGGUACUCAUUACUCUUCAGCGAUGAUAGUAUGUUCAUAUUUAGUUAGGAUGGAACCAUUUACUCAACAUUUUCUCAGAUUACAGGGUGGACAUUUUGAUUUAGCUGAUCGUAUGUUUAAUAGUAUCCGAGAAGCAUGGUUAUCAGCUUCUAAAACCAACAUGGCUGAUGUUAAAGAACUUGUACCAGAAUUUUUUUAUUUACCAGAGUUUUUAAUUAACUCUAACAACUUUGAUUUGGGAUGCAAACAAAAUGGAGUACAGUUAAAUGAUGUAGUCUUACCUCCAUGGGCCAAAGAUGAUCCACAUGAGUUUAUCCGAGUACAUAGAGCAGCACUUGAAUCUGAAUAUGUAUCACAACAUCUUCAUGAAUGGAUUGAUUUAAUAUUUGGUUACAAACAAUUAGGUCAACCUGCUGUACAAGCUUGCAAUCUUUUUCAUCAUUUAUUUUAUGAAGGAAAUGUUGAUAUUUACAGUAUUGAUGAUCCAUUGAAGAAAAAUGCAACAAUUGGAUUUAUAAACAAUUUUGGACAGAUACCAAAACAACUUUUUAAGAAACCUCAUCCAAGUAAAAAACAACCAAAUAAUAGAACUUCAAUGCUUGAUGCUGCAAACCCGAUUUUAAGUUCAAAUACCAAUUUAUCAUUUGGUGACAAACUAUUCUUUUAUCAUUUGGAUAACCUUAAACCAUCUUUACAACCAAUUAAAGAACUUAAAGGUCCUGUUGGACAAAUUCUUCAAGUGGAUAAAAAUGUAUUAGCUGUUGAACAGAAUAAAGCAUUAAUGCCACCCAGUUUUAAUAAGACCAUUACUUGGGGUUUUGCUGAUCAUAGCUUAAGAUUAGCACAAUAUGAAACUGAUAAACCAAUUGUAAUCUGUGAAAGCUCGAGUCAAUCACCUGGUGAAAUUGUAACUUGCGUAUGCCCUACAUCUAAGACUGUUAUUACUGCUGGAACUAGCACUGUUUUGACUGUAUGGGAGUUAGAUUUAAAUAACAAGUCUUUAAAAAUUGUUGAUAACUUGUAUGGACAUACAGAAGCAGUAACUUGUUUGGCUGCUAGUGACACAUAUAAUAUUGUUGUUUCUGGUAGCAGAGAUUGUACAGCUAUAGUUUGGGAUUUGUGCACAAAAGCUUUUGUGAGGCAGUUAAAAAAACAUUAUGCUCCAGUUGCAGCUUUAGCAAUUAAUAAUUCAACUGGCCAAAUAGCUUCAUGUGCUGGUACUAUGUUACACAUUUAUACUAUAAAUGGCGAAGAAUUAGCAAAUGUAGAUACAAGUGUUGGACGUGCUGAUAGAAUGCAACAAAUAUUAUGUGUAGCAUUUUCACAAGCUAUUGAUUGGGAUCCUCAGAAUGUUAUUAUUACAGGAUCGUCAGAUGGAGUUGUUAGAAUGUGGUCUAUGGAAUAUGUUCAAGUUCCUAAAGUUCCAUUAAAUGCCUUGUCGAAAGAAUCUUUAGUUUCUAAAGAUAACAGUAUUGAAAAAAGUAAAGAUGUUGGAGAGAGUUGUAGUAUAUUAAAAACACGACCAAUUGCUGUUCAAAGACUAGUUAAACAAUUGAGUGUAUCUUCUGAAACUGUUAAUGAGCAAGGAUUGGUAAUGAAAAGUGGGUCUGAAAGCAGUCUAUCAGAACAAGAGCCUAAAACUCCUGUAAAAAACAUUGGAGGUAUUGAUAAAAAAACUUUUUCUGAUGAAAAUGAUUCAACCCCUCCAGUUCCAGUAAUGAGAAAAAAAAGAUCAAUGAAACCUAAUACAUUACUUAGGAAAUCUGAAUGUAAUACAUCAAGUUCAACUGAUGAGCCAAAUAUUCAACAAGAAUCUUUAUCAGUUAUUGAAUCAGCAUUAAGGUUAAGUAAAAGUGAAACUAAUCUUAUAGAAUCAUUUGUUGUUGUUGACCGAGAAGAUUUAAGUCCAAAGAUGAAACCUGUCAGUCCUUUGCACAGAUUAAGAGAUGGUUUUCAGUGGCAACGUCAGUUAGUAUUUCGCAGUAAAUUAACUAUGCAUACAGCUUAUGAUCGUAAAGAUAACACUGAACCAGCUUCCAUAACAUGUAUAUCAAUUUCUAAGGACCAUCGAACAGUAUACAUUGGUGAUGCCAGAGGACGAGUUUUUACAUGGAAUGUAGCUGAACAGCCUGGAAAAGGUGUAGCUGAUCAUUGGUUAAAAGAUGAAGGAGCAGAGCAGUGCAAUUUGUGUGAUGUCCGAUUUUCAUUAUAUGAAAGACGUCACCAUUGUCGUAAUUGUGGACAAUUAUUUUGCUCAAAGUGUAGCAAGUAUGAAUCUGAAAUAUCAAGAUUACGAAUACUGAAACCAGUACGGGUGUGUAAGCCAUGCCAUACAUCAUUGCAGUCAGCCAAACAUACUUAA